AUGCGCCAAUCUCAGGCCUUGGUGCUUCUCGGCGUCGCAGCCCGGAAUGGGUUUGCUAUAGCUGGUUCUCUACCUCGUGGAGUUGGUCCAGAGUUUGUUAAAUUCUACGAAGCCAAAGAUACCUUCACUUGCAUAGGCCAUCCCUCGAUAGCCAUCCCUGCCUCCCGAGUUAAUGACAACUCGUGUGACUGUCCAGAUGGUACAGACGAGCCUGGUACGGCCGCCUGUGCACUCUUGGAUCGACUCUCCCCGGAGCAACCUUUGCCUGCUUCUCUCUCCGGUACCACCAACACCACAAAUGCUCUACCGGGUUUUUGGUGUGAGAACAAGGGCCAUGUUGGCUCAUACGUCCCUUUCAUGUACGUAAACGACGGUGUUUGCGAUUACGAUCUCUGCUGCGAUGGCAGUGAGGAAUACGGAAAUGUGGGCGGAGUUAAAUGCGAGAAUAAAUGUGCGGAAAUCGGCAAAGAAUGGAGAAGAAUAGAAAAGGAGCGGAAAGACAACUUGGAGCGAGCAAAUAAGCGCCGAAGGACCAUGGUGAAAGAAUCUAAGGAAUUACGCCGCCGGGUCGAGGCCAAGAUUGCGAGUCUCACGGAAGAGAUUAAAGAGCUUGAAGCUAAGCGAGACGAAUUGAAAGUUAAGCUAGACGAGGUUGAGCGUCAGGAACGCUUCAAAGUCGUCAAGAACGAAGGGCCUGGGAAGCUUGGUGUGCUGGCCGGACUGGCUAAAACGAGAGUCAAUGAGCUGCGAGACACGUUGAGCAAAGUCAUGGGUGACCGCAAUAAGCUCACAGCCAAGGUCCAGGAGUUGGAAAGCAUCCUAGCAACUUUCAAGGAAGAAUACAAUCCUAACUUCAACGACGAGGGCGUCAAGAAGGCUGUCAGAGCCUGGGAAGAUUAUGCCGCUAAGAAGGCCGGAGAGGCCCAAGAACAGCUCAACGAGAAUGACAUCACAGAAGUCCUGAAGGAGGACAGCGAGGAGUCUGGUAUCAACUGGAAGGAGUUUGAAGAAGACGAAGCAACGGACACCGAUAUUCUAUACAGUUUGGAGGCCUAUCUUCCUGGCCCGCUUCGCGAAUUCCUUCACGACAAGAUCAACUAUCUGCGGAUAUGGCUGAUCGAAAACGGUAUUCUGGCUGAUACGAGCUCUGGGCAGAGCGAAUCACGUCUCGUCAGAGCUGCUCGAGAGGCCCACGACUCUGUUGCCAACGACGUCAACGCCAAGAGGCGGACGCUGGAAGAGCAUCAGCAGGAUUUACAGAAGGACUAUGGCCAAGACGAUAUCUUCCGGUAUCUGAAGGGCAAGUGCAUCACGACCGAGGCCGGUGAGUACGAGUACGAGCUGUGCUGGUUGGACAAAACUAGCCAGAAGAGCAAGAAGGGCGGGGGAAAGACGACCAUGGGUAACUUCGAUCGGGUCGACUUCGACGAGUCAGAUGAAGAAGAGCGUCAUGAUGGCAAGGGACUCGGCCGAGGCAAGCGCAUGGUUCUAAAAUACGAAAACGGUCAAGGCUGCUGGAAUGGCCCCAACCGUAGGACGGACGUUUGGCUUGCCUGUGCCGAGACGGAGGAGUUAUGGCGGGUCAGCGAAUUGGAGAAGUGUGUUUAUAAGAUGGAAGUUGGCACACCUGCUGUUUGCGAAGAGGUAGUAGAGCCUGGCCAUGCUAAGGACGAAUUGUGA